AGAAAAUACAGAACUUUGAACGGGACUUUUUUUCCUUUUAAAUGUAGACUUGACCUUCGAAGUGUUCAUUCGUGUGCAUUCGUUUUUAUCAAUUCGAAAAACAAUUUGUCAACAAUCUCUAGCGGGGGACAUUUUGCCUGGAAGUGGUCUUUUUCAAUCCAGCUAGCUUGACCCUGGUCUCCAAUACCUCCCAUCAGUAUCUCUGAAGAAGACUUCCGGUGGUGUGUCAUGGCGGUGGCAUGGUGAAGCCUCCAGAAAGGGAAAAAUACUCGCCCCUUUCGUCCUUUCCCAUCGAUUCAGGACAACUUUUCAUGCCUAAAUAAGCGUGUGAGCUCCGGCCUCAGACGUUGGAUUGAGCAGCGCAGCGUCGCGGUGUCCUCCGCCCGGCCAUGGCGGCUCACAAACCCGUGGAGUGGGUCCAGGCCGUGAUUACUAGAUUUGAUGAGCAGCUUCCCAUUAAAGUUGGACACCAAAACACCCACACCAAAGUCAGCACAGAGCACAACAAGGAAUGUCUGAUCAACAUCUCCAAGUACAAGUUCUCCCUUGUCAUCAGUGGCCUCACCACCAUCCUCAAGAAUGUCAACAACAUGCGGAUAUUUGGAGAAGCCUCUGAGAAGAACCUCUACCUCUCCCAGCUCAUCAUCCUGGACACCCUGGAGAAGUGCCUGGCUGGGCAAUCCAAGGACUGCUUGCGUCUGGAUGAGACCAUGCUGGUCAAACAGUUGCUGCCGGAGAUCUGCCAUUUCAUCCAUACGUACCGCGAGGGGCACCAGCAUGCCGCCGAGCUCCGCGUCGCUUCAGCCGUCCUCUUCUCUCUGAGCUGCAACAACUUCAAUGCUGUUUUCAGCCGCAUCUCCACCAGGCUACAGGAGCUGACCGUGUGCUCUGAGGACAACGUGGAUGUUCAUGACAUAGAGCUCAUGCAGUACAUCAAUGUGGAUUGCUCCAAGCUGAAGAGGCUGCUUCAAGAAACUGUGUUGAAGUUUCGAGCUCUCAAGAAGCCUGCCCAGUUAGCAGUCAUCAACAGUUUAGAGAAGGCUUUUUGGAACUGGGUGGAGAAUUACCCAGAUGAGUUUACCAUGCUUUACCAGCGACCACAGGCAGAUAUGGCAGAAGCUGCAGAGAAGUUGUUUGACUUAGUGGACAGCUUUGCGGAGAGCGCCAAGAGGAAGGCAGCUGUGUGGCCUCUACAGAUCAUCCUCCUCAUCCUUUGUCCAGAGAUCUUACACACCAUUUCCAAAGACACUGUGGAAGACAGCAAAGCCAACAAGAAGCUGUUCUUGGACAGUUUGCGGAAAGCGUUAGCAGGCCAAGGUAGCAGCAAGCAGCUGACGGAGAGCGCUGCCAUCGCCUGUGUCAAACUGUGUAAAGCCUCUACCUACAUCAACUGGGAGGAUCACUCCACCAUUUUCCUCCUGGUCCAGUCCAUUGUCAUGGAUCUCAAGGCUCUGCUGUUCAACCCAGCCAAACCCUUCUGGAGGGGGACAGGUAGCCAGAAUGCUGACGUAGAGCUCAUGAUGGACUGCUUCGUCUCCUGUUUCCGCAUCAAUCCUCACAACAACCAGCACUUUAAGGUCUGUUUGGCCUCCUCCUCCCCAUCCACCUUUCACUUUGUCCUGGUAAACUCGCUGCACAGAAUUAUCACCAAUUCUCAUCUGGACUGGUGGCCUAAGAUUGAUGCAGUGUACUGCUACUCUGGAGAGCUUCGCUUUAUGUUCUCAGACACCCUCAAUCGGGUCAUUCAAGGCGUCGGCACCCACGCUCCACUCCGCAUGACACCGAGUCUGACAUUCAAAGGAAAGAUGACCACCAGCCUGAAGUUCAAAGAGAAAACCACAGACCUGGACACUCGAAGCUACAAGUGCCUCCUUCUUGCUCUGGUCAAACUCAUUCACGCUGACCCCAAACUCAUGUUGCAUAACCCAGUGAAACAAGCUCCAGAGAUGCAGAGCAGCACAGCAGAGCUCAUCACUGGCCUGGUGCAGCUAGUGCCUCUAACUAACACCACCCAGCUCUCACAAGAAGCCAUGGAGGCUCUGUUAGUUCUGCACCAGCCAGAGACCAUAGAGUUGUGGAAUCCUGAUGCCCCUAUAGAGACGUUUUGGGACAUCAGUUCACAGGUGCUCUUCCUUAUCUGCCGCAAACUGAUUGGUCAACAGAUGGUCAAUGGGACAGAAGUUCUCAAAUGGCUGAGGGAGAUCCUCAUCUGCAGGAACAAGUUUCUGCUCAAGAACAAGGAGUUUGCCACUAUGGGUGGUGGCAUCCCCAUCUGCCGGCAGGCGCAGACAAAGCUAGAGGUAUGUCUUUACAUGUUCCUGUGGAGUCCGGACACCGAAGCGGUGCUGGUGGCCAUGUCGUGUUUCCGCCACCUCUGUGAGGAGGCUGACAUACGCAGCGCUGCUGACGAGGUGCCAGUCCAAACCAUCCUGCCCAACUACGCCACCUUCAGUGAACUGGCCUCUGUCAGCAACAUGAUGGGAACAGGCCGCUCCACCUUGCAGAAGAGGGUGAUGGCCUUGCUGAGGAGGGUAGAGCACCCCACACCAGGAAACAUCGAGGCUUGGGAAGACACAUAUGCUAAAUGGGACCAGGUCACCAAGCAGAUUCUUAACUUCCCUAAAAACAAGGCAGAUGAUGGGCAGCAGGAGUGGAUCAACAUGACCGGCUUCCUGUGUGCUCUGGGUGGUGUAUGCCUCCAGCAACGCAGCACCCCAGGCCCAGCCACCUACAGUCCACCUAUGGGCCCCAUGAGCGAGCGAAAACCCUCCAUGAUCUCCAUGGGUCCCUGCGAUGUGUCCAACCCCGCGGCCUCUGCCUCCUCCUGCUCCUCAUCGGCCUCCAGCGAGACGCCCGUCAGCCGCUUCCUGGACCGACUGCUGGCCCUGCUGGUGUGUGGUCACGAAAGGGUGGGGCUCCAUGUUCGCACGAAUGUAAAAGACCUGCUGGGGCUGGAACUCAGCCCUGCCCUCUACCCCAUGCUCUUCAACAAGCUGAGGAACAGCAUCGGCAAGUUCUUUGACACACAAGGACCGGUUCCUAUCAAUGAAACCAACACCCAGUUUGUGGAGCAGACCAUAGCCAUCAUGAAGAACCUGUUGGAUAACCACACAGAGGGCAGCUCGGAACAUCUGGGGCAGGCCAGCAUCGAGACCAUGAUGCUCAACCUGGUCAGGUAUGUGCGCAUCCUGGGCAAUGUGGUCCAUGCAAUCCAGAUCAAAACCAAGCUGUGCCAACUGGUGGAGGUGAUGAUGGAGAGACGUGACGACCUGUCCUUCUGCCAGGAGAUGAAGUUCAGGAACAAGAUGGUGGAGUAUCUGACCGACUGGGUGAUGGGAACCUCCAACCAGGCUGCUGAUGAUGACAUCAAGUGUCUGACAAGGGACCUGGACCAGGCCAGUAUGGAGGCAGUAGUGUGGAUGUUAGCAGGUCUUCCUCUUCAGCCUGAGGAGGGAGAUGGAGUGGAGCUGAUGGAGGCCAAAUCUCAGCUCUUCCUCAAGUACUUCACCCUCUUCAUGAACCUGCUGAAUGACUGCAGUGAGGUGGAGGACGAGGGCCAGGCAGUGGGGGGGCGAAAGAGAGGAAUGUCCCGCCGUCUGGCCUCCCUCCGCCACUGCACGGUCCUGGCCAUGUCUAACCUGCUCAAUGCUAACGUGGACAGUGGCCUCAUGCACUCUAUCGGGCUGGGCUACCACAAAGACCUGCAGACUCGAGCCACCUUUAUGGAAGUGCUGACCAAGAUCCUGCAGCAGGGAACCGAGUUCGACACGCUGGCUGAGACGGUUCUGGCUGACCGCUUUGAACGACUGGUGGAGCUGGUCACUAUGAUGGGAGAUCAGGGGGAGCUGCCCAUCGCCAUGGCACUGGCUAAUGUGGUUCCUGGAUCCCAGUGGGAUGAGCUUGCCCGAGUCUUGGUGACGCUGUUUGACUCCCGCCACCUCCUCUACCAGCUGCUGUGGAAUAUGUUCUCUAAAGAGGUGGAGCUGGCCGACUCCAUGCAGACUCUCUUUAGAGGAAACAGCCUGGCUAGCAAAAUAAUGACCUUCUGUUUCAAGGUAUAUGGGGCAGCAUACCUGCAGAAGCUCCUGGAGCCUUUAUUAAGAGGGGUCAUCACCACCCCUGAACACAUCAGCUUCGAGGUGGGACCCCACCAGCUCCCUGUUUGUCUCAUCAGGCUGGAACAAGGUGAGAACCUGGAGGAGAACCAGAGGAACCUGCUGCAGAUCACCGAGCGCUUCUUUCAGGCCAUCAUUGGUUCAUCCAGCGAGUUCCCCCCACAGCUGCGCAGUGUCUGCCACUGCCUGUACCAGGCUACUUGCCACUCUCUACUGAAUAAAGCAACAGUAAAAGAAAAAAAGGAAAACAAAAAAGCAGUGGUGAGUCAGCGUUUUCCACAGAACAGCAUUGGUGCAGUGGGCAGCGCCAUGUUUCUGCGCUUUGUCAACCCAGCGAUUGUGUCUCCCUAUGAAGCUGGCAUCUUAGACAAGAAGCCCCUACCAAGGAUAGAACGGGGUCUCAAACUCAUGUCCAAGAUUCUGCAGAGCAUUGCAAACCAUGUCCUGUUUACAAAAGAAGAACACAUGAGGCCUUUUAAUGACUUUGUCAAGAGCAACUUUGAUUCAGCCAGAAGGUUUUUCUUGGACAUAGCAUCUGACUCUCCACCCAGCGACUCUGUCAACCACAGUCUAUCCUUCAUCAGUGACGGCAACGUGCUGGCCCUCCACCGCCUGCUAUGGAACAACCAGGAGAGGAUCGGCCAGUACCUCUCCAGUAACAGGGACCACAAGGCUGUAGGCAGGCGACCUUUUGACAAGAUGGCCACCCUGCUGGCAUAUCUGGGACCUCCUGAGCACAAACCCGUGGCUGACACGCACUGGUCCAGUCUCAACCUGACCAGCUCCAAGUUUGAGGAGUUCAUGACCAGGCACCAGGUCCAUGAGAAGGAGGAGUUCAAAGCCUUGAAGACCCUCAACAUCUUCUACCAGGCGGGAACCUCCAAGACCGGCAACCCAGUCUUCUACUACGUGGCCCGCAGGUUCAAAACAGGCCAGAUCAAUGGUGACCUGCUCAUCUACCACGUCCUCCUCACUCUCAAACCCUACUAUGCUAAGCCCUAUGAGAUAGUAGUAGACCUAACACAUGUAGGACCCAGCAAUCGCUUCAAGACCGACUUCCUGUCCAAGUGGUUUGUGGUCUUUCCCGGCUUUGCCUAUGAGAAUGUAGCAGCUGUCUAUGUCUACAACUGUAACACCUGGGUGAGGGAGUACACCAAGUACCAUGAGCGGCUACUGACGGGCCUGAAGGGCAGCAAGCGGCUCCAGUUCAUCGACUCUCCAGCUAAACUGGCCGAGCACAUUGAACCCGAUCAACAGAAGCUGCCCGCAGCCACGCUGACCCUGGAAGAAGACCUUAAAGUGUUUCAUAAUGCCCUCAAGCUGGCACAUAAAGACACAAAGGUCUCAAUAAAGGUGGGUUCGACAGCAGUUCAGGUGACCUCUGCCGAGCGGACCCGAGUCCUCGGCCAGCCCGUCUUCCUCAAUGAUGUCUACUAUGCCUCGGAGAUUGAGGAGAUUUGUCUGGUUGAUGAGAGCCAGUUUACCCUCACUAUGGCCAACCAGGGCACACCGCUUACAUUCAUGCACCAGGAGUGUGACGCCAUCGUCCAGUCCAUCAUCCAUAUCCGGACACGCUGGGAGCUGUCGCAGCCUGACUCCAUUCCACAGCACACCAAGAUCCGACCAAAAGAUGUUCCUGGCACUCUGCUCAACAUCGCCCUGCUGAACCUGGGCAGUUCUGACCCGAGCCUCAGGUCUGCAGCGUACAAUCUACUGUGUGCUUUGACCUGCACAUUCAACCUGAAGAUAGAGGGACAGCUGCUGGAGACGUCAGGCCUCUGCAUCCCAGCUAACAACACCCUCUUCAUAGUCUCCAUCAGCAAGACUCUGGCUGCCAACGAGCCCCAUCUGACUCUGGAAUUUCUGGAAGAGUGCAUCUCAGGCUUCAGCAAGUCCAGCAUUGAGCUGAAGCAUCUCUGCUUGGAGUACAUGACACCCUGGCUGCUCAACCUGGUACGCUUCUGUAAGCACAAUGACGAUGCCAAGCGCCAGCGUGUCACUGCCAUUUUGGACAAACUCAUCACCAUGACGAUCAAUGAAAAGCAGAUGUAUCCGUCUAUUCAGGCCAAGAUCUGGGGAAGCCUGGGCCAGAUAACAGACCUGCUGGACGUUGUGUUGGACAGCUUCAUUAAGACCAGUGCCACGGGAGGCCUGGGCUCCAUCAAAGCAGAGGUCAUGGCUGAUACUGCAGUGGCUCUGGCUUCAGGGAAUGUCAAACUGGUGUCCAGCAAGGUUAUUGGACGGAUGUGUAAGAUCAUAGACAAGACGUGCUUGUCGCCAACACCCACCCUAGAGCAGCACCUGAUGUGGGACGACAUCGCUAUCUUGGCACGUUAUAUGCUCAUGCUGUCCUUUAACAAUUCCCUGGAUGUUGCGGCCCACCUGCCCUACCUGUUUCACGUGGUGACCCUGCUUGUAGCCACCGGGCCCCUGUCCCUGAGGGCCUCCACCCACGGUUUGGUGAUCAACAUCAUCCACUCCCUCUGCACCUGCUCGCAGCUGAACUUCAGUGAGGAGACAAAGCAGGUUCUGAGGCUGAGCCUGACUGAGUUCUCCCUGCCCAAGUUCUACCUGCUGUUUGGCAUCAGCAAAGUCAAGUCAGCCGCCGUCAUUGCCUUCCGCUCCAGCUACAGAGACCGCUCCUUCUCGCCAGGCUCCUACGAGAGGGAGACGUUUGCCCUGUCCUCCCUGGAGACCGUCACUGAGGCCUUACUGGAGAUUAUGGAGGCUUGUAUGAGGGAUAUCCCAGCCUGCAAGUGGUUAGACCAGUGGACAGAGCUCGCACAGAAGUUUGCAUUCCAGUACAACCCCUCUCUCCAGCCCAGAGCGCUGGUGGUGUUUGGCUGCAUCAGUAAGAGGGUGAGCCAUGGCCAGAUCAAGCAGAUCAUCCGAAUCCUCAGCAAGGCCAGCCCUCUGCUCAGCAUCGACCGAGGUCUGGAGAGCUGUCUGAAGGGGCCCGACAAUUACAACAGCCAAGUAUUAAUUGAGGCCACAGUUAUUGCCCUGACGAAACUGCAGCCCCUACUCAGCAAGGAGUCUCCCAUGCACAAAGCUCUGUUCUGGGUGGCAGUGGCUGUGCUGCAGCUGGAUGAAGUCAACCUGUACUCUGCAGGAACUGCCCUGCUGGAGCAGAACCUUCACACUCUGGACACAAUGCGUGUCUUCAAUGACAAGAGUCCAGAGGAGGUGUUCAUGGAGAUCAGGCGUCCGUUAGAAUGGCACUGUAAGCAGAUGGAUCACUUUGUGGGCCUCAACUUCGGUGCCAACUUCAACUUUGCACUGGUGGGCCACCUACUCAAAGGCUACAGACACCCAUCACCCACUACAGUAGCACGGACAGUGAGAAUCCUGCACACACUGUUGGCUCUCAUCAGCAAGCAUCUCAAAUGUGACAAGUUUGAAGUUAACACCCAGAGUGUGGCCUAUCUGGCUGCGCUGCUUACUGUAUCGGAGGAGGUCAGAAGUCGCUGCAGCCUCAAACACAGGAAGUCACUGCUAAUUUCUGACCUCUCCAUGGACCCAGUACCCAUGGACACAUAUUCCAGUCACAUCACUGAUCCCAGCUGCAGAACUUUGCGAGAGACUCAGCCAUGGACUUCACCUCAGGUUUCAGAGCGCUACCUUUCAGCCCAUCAUUACCCCACAGUGGGCCAGAUCAGCCCACGAACUCGCAAGUCCAUGAGCCUGGACAUGGGUCAGCCCUCACAGGCCAACACCAAGAAGCUCUUGGGCACCAGGAAGAGCUUCGAUCAUCUCAUAUCAGACUCUAAAGCACCAAAGAGACCAGAGAUGGAGUCGGGUAUGACCACACCUCCCAAGAUGAGGCGUGUAGCAGAGAAUGACUACGAGAUAGAGACACAAAGAAUUGGAAACUCUCACCUCCGUAAGGUGUCUGUGUCAGAGUCCAAUGUUCUGCUGGAUGAGGAGGUGCUGACUGACCCAAAGAUCCAGGCUCUGCUGCUCACUGUGCUGGCCACCCAGGUCAAAUACACCACUGAUGACUUUGACCAGCGGAUUCUGUAUGAGUACUUGGCUGAAGCUAGCGUUGUCUUCCCAAAGGUUUUUCCAGUUGUCCACAACCUACUGGACUCCAAGAUCAACACUGUGCUGUCCAUGUGCCAAGACACCAACCUCCUGAAUCCUGUCCACGGCAUUGUACAGAGUGUGGUGUACCACGAGGAGUCGCCUCCCCAGUACCAGCCAUCCUAUUUACAAAGCUUUGGCUUUAACGGACUCUGGAGAUUUGCCGGACCCUUUUCCAAGCAAACACAGAUACCGGACUAUGCGGAGCUGAUUGUCAAGUUCCUGGAGGCGCUGAUUGACAGCUACCUGCCAGCAGCUGACGAGCAGCGAGGGGAGGAGCAACUGAGGACGCCCACCUCUCCCUACCCCCCCACCAGCCAGAGCCAGCUCAGCAUCACUGCCAACCUCAACCUGUCCAACUCCAUGACCUCACUGGCCACCUCGCAGCACUCUCCAGGUGUGGAUAAGGAGAACGUCCAGCUGUCCCCCAGCUCUGCUCUGUCCAGUGGGGGUCGCACUCGCCACGGGUCAGCCAGUCAGGUCCAGAAGCAGCGCAGCGCCGGCAGCUUCAAGAGACCCAGCAUCAAGAAGAUCGUGUGAUCAGCCAGAGAACAGCCCCGCCUUCCUCCUCCUGCCUUCCUCCUCCUCCUCGUCUCCACCCCUCCCUCAGCCUGCCGGCCUGCCAGGCUUCAUGCUGCACUCCACUUUUGACUUUUUAUUUCCUCCUUCUUCUUCAUGGGUUUGGCUCCGUCGGGAGAACGUGCAUUGGAGAGAAAUAUAUUAGCAAGGGCAAACUUGAAUUUUGUGCUGCUUGAAAUGUUAUUGGAGAUUGUGCGUGGUGGAGGGAGAGCUGGAGUUCAGGCUUCAGCUCCUCUUCACGGAUCCUCAGCAGCAGUUUGAGUCUCUUGCAGCGAUGGAGGUCACAUAUGUGAAACUAUUGGAGGGAAAAUCCCUCUGAGCAUGAUGGGAGAGUCCUCACACCAAGGUUUGCUCUGGACAUGGACUGUGACAGUUUACACAGGGAAGAACCACAAACUGAAAGCCUGUCUGUGAGCUGAACUUUGACCCUUACACGUCCCUCAGCCUUCCUUCUGACUAAACACUCCUGUGUCAGAGAGAUGGACCAAAUGACAGCAGCAGUGGGGGGGCGCACCUUCACUCUGGACCUGCUCAGCCUCUCAGUUCACCUCUCCCACUUGUGUACAUAUUUUACAUAGAUGAUGUAUAACUAGUCCUUAGUGCUAAUUUCGAUGUUGACGUUUUCUCCAUGGUGUGCCUUUGUCAGGGUUUUUCAAUGUGUACAAUUUGUAAAGUCAAAGUCAAACCUUGCUGGGGACAAAGAACAGGUACUAAUUAUGGAGGCGAGCCGUCCAUAUCACCACAAGUUCACAGGAGCUGAGUCACGACGGGCCUCUAAUGAUCGUCAGAUAUACAAUCAUUCAUAUACCCUGUUGCCUGAAAGUAUUUAUCCUGUACAGCUAGAUAGUGCUACACAAAUCCUCUUUUCAAACACUUUCCAAAAAUCUUCUUUUCAAACACUUUCAAUAUAUCAACAGGAAGACUGCAGAACACUAGGGCAAAUGCAACCAUGUAAAUAGCUUCAAGCUGUCCUUUCUGUUUGUUUUUGUGCAUUUGGCUUUUAUUUCUCUGUUCAUGUGAGUUCUUUUUAGUAUGAACUGUAUUCUCAGCAGCAUAGCAUUUUAAUUUGUUUACUCAGUGACAAGGAAAAUUGUGUAAUAGGCAAUAAUCCUCAACUCUCAAACUCCUUUGUCAACCACCCGUUUUAUUUCUGCAGCCAACAGGGAGAACACAUCACUGUCAGCUCGGUGCAAUAUGACGCCGACCUCUGAGUGGCCUGUUAACACAGAGAUUCAGCUCUUGUUGAUUACCUCCAAUCGCUAUUUGAAUAGAAACGUUUGAUCUUAUCUUACACACACAAACACACACACACACAGUUCUGUUUGUUUCACUGAAACAGUCUGAGCUGGACCCACAACCACCAGAGGUUUGUCCUGUGGGCUCUUUAAAGGAAAAGUUCACCCUAAAAGAGGCCUCCACACUGUUAGGUCUACGUACCAUUGGAACUUUCAGAGUGAAACACAUUGUUCCACAAGCACGUUUUAUUACUUAACAAUGAAAGCCAUUUCGAGCCCGUCCUGGUCAAUACUUUGACACCAGAACAAAAAAAAACCUGUGAUGUAAUGUCUGAACACAGGCAGCCAUUAAGAAACGCUGCCAUUUCUGUUCAGAAACUAUCUGAUCAAACACGUUGACGAGACUAAGAACGUGACCGAGUGUUUGGUGCCACUGGUCACUGCUUGAUCAGCUCAGUCAGUACUCAGACAGAAGUGAGAUCCACAGUCGGCUCUGUUGUUUGGUGUAUUAUCUUAUUUCAACACCACACAGUGUGGCACUUCUACAUUGUUGUGAAAUAAUGGGAAGUAUUUCACAGAUCUAAACAUAAAGAGUGAACACCUGAUUCUGGUCUCAGUCCCUGGAGCUGCUACCUUAUACCAUUACAGGGCACACAGGUCAUCACACCUCUGAUCUAGCUGACAGACUGAUGACAUUUCACAGUGGUGGAUUUUUUUCCUUUUAAUUGCUGUAGUAACAAUAAUUGAGGCUCCUGAUGCGGAGGCCAGCUGUGUGAUCUAAACCCUCUGUACCCUCAGAGCACCUAAGGGUGCACCACGUGCUGCUCUGCACACUUGGAGAUUGCUCUCCCAGGAUGGUGUUUUAACUCAUUUACUACAAAUCACCAACUACACAUGACUGCAGACUGUUUGAGAUCGCUGGGUGUGUUUCUGACCUUCCAGGCAGCUGUUGGUUUCACUUUAUUUCACUGUGUUUCACAAGAUCAACUUCCAGACAAUUGAGACUUGCCUGAGGUAACUAAUCCAUCCCAUCAUAUCUGUUGUCGGUGUUUUGCUUGUGGUAAUCCAGUGCACACUGACAUUGUGAAUGGGAGCCAAUGGCUGCUUUUAGGGUAGAAAGGCACACUGAGAUCUAUGCCACAGAAACCAAAUGAGCAGAAAGGCAGUGUUUCCCAUAGAAUGACAGUGUAUGUGUGGCAGUAGCUUUUAAAUGUCAGUGUGUUUGUAUUACCUCUUUUUAAUCUCAGACGUUUUUGCAGGUCCGUGAAUGCAGUGCACCAGGCAGAGCUCUCCAUAAUUUUUUUUUUCCUCAGCAGCUGUUUGUCACUCGCAUAGAUGUUAAUGGAUCUUGUUUUUAGCUGUUAUGGUGGUGGCACACAUCAGUAAGGCUGUAAAGUGUGUACACUCACACAUUUGAGAAUUCCAUUUCUGCCAGGUUGUUAACACCAAAAUUCACCACAACUGUCUUAGUUAAUGUAAGACCUUCUACUGUUCCAACAGUCACUAACUCUAGUUUGGUAGAGGAAAACCACUGAGCUGCUGUCAGCUCAGCAGCAGCUUCAGAGGCAGCAACAGAAACAUUACAACAUGUUUUAACCAACACUGAGUUAAUGGCUACAAAAGAAACAGUGAAAUUCAGUAAGAUUUUAAAAUAACAGAUGGCUUAUGUUAUGUAUUAUAUUCAUCACUACAUAACCUCACCUCAGUGAGCUUAUGUCUGGCUGUAAGCUGGUUGCCAUAUACUGAAGUUUGAACAGAAAUUAGCUUGCUGCAGUGGUUGCAUUGGCAGCAGUAGACAUAAAAAGGCCGUCCUGCCCUGUUGAUUUGAGUGGGAAUGUUACUUCUAUCCAUUCUGCUUCUACUUCUAAAACACUACGGUUUGCUGUGGUAAUGGUCUCGUGAUUUGUAGUAAGGAAUUAAGACACACAGAUGCUCUGAUGUGGGCCUAUGUCAGCAGCUGUGACGGCAGCAGCUGCGCACACAUGUUGCCAUGGUUUGGUCCGAUGGAGCAGGUGUGGAGGGAGAUCAGCAGGUGAGCUGCUCAGUGCUCUGCUCAAAGCCUUCGUCCACAACUCAGCAGGGUCGGUUCGUCAAAACACUUUAUCCUGCCUUAACAUCUAUGCAUGGCAAGAGUUGAGUAUUGUUGUACAACUCCGACUUAAUUUUUGUCUGAGCAGCGUCUCCACACAUCUGCUGUUCAGUCUGACUUUGUUUCUGAGUGUUCAUGUGACCUGGUUCAAUCCAUUUGUCAAUUAAUCCACUAUUGAUCUAUCUAUUUUUUUUUUUGUAUUGCAGUCCUCUGAAGGGAUGUGCUAUUCUCUCCUGUCCAUGCAGCUUAUCCAGUAAACGUAUGAUUCAUUUAGAUAAAUUCCAUGCAAAGGGACAUUUUCAUUGGAGACAGCCUUAGAAACUGUAUUCUCUUCUGUAAUUCAACCUCAGAGAAUGACAAAAAGGGAAGACUGAAAGUGACAAGUAAGAACUGAAUUCAGUCGUGGAAGCAGAGUUUUGAUUGGGUUCAUCAGAAUUUAACUUCUCCUGUCGCCCUCCAUCACAGACAUGUCAUUCACAGAGUGGCUCGUAUGAAGGGAAUCCACCCAAUCCACUCCACUCCAAACACCUUUUGGUUGGCAAGGUCCUGUUUUCAAAUGUAUGGAGCAGGGAUGUGCAGGGCCAGACAGGCUAUACAGGUCGGAUUAGGGUUGUGUCCGGAUUUAAGAUUCUGGUAUCAGGGCGUCUGAAGCUGUAAAGGUUCAUGUUUUUCAGACAUUAAUGUCCAUUUCGACAGAAACAUCUCACCAAAAACUCAAGCCAUUGUCUCUAUUUUUCAGGCUUUACUGCUCUUAAAGCUACACUCCCUGAUUUCCUUCUAAAACGAGCCCACAAACCUUGAAUUACAAAACCAGUGACUGUACCUUUAACGAGACACAACCAGGACAGAUCUGAAAGCAAGGUUUAUUUGAGCGCUGUGUUAGCAGGUUGCCAUCGUUUCCAGGUUUAAGUUUGACUUGUGUGUGAAUGGAAAUAUUGAGGAUUAUGUAUCCAUAACCUCUUAAACAAGUGGUUGACUUGCACUAAUUUAAAAACAGUCAUGGGUUUGUAAAGAUGAAAAACCUCAAAAUGUGGCAUGUUUUAUUUGAUGUUAUGCAAAAUCUAAUGUCUGUAGAGUAAUAGUCUGAGUUUUGUUUUAAUGCAGUAUGUGUGAUAAUUGUAAAUACUUUGUGUACAAUUUGAGAUGGUAUAUUUACUACACUGUACAUACAUGUGAUAUUGUAUCAUUUUGUUUUUGUAAAGCAGUUAGUUUCUGUAUAAUACUAUACAAAUUGAACUAUUCCAGUGUUAGUAAUAAAAUGUUUUGCUCUCCA